UAGACGGAUGGAUAGAUCUAAUUUCUGGUCUUGGGAGUAGGAAACAGAAACGGUCUGCAAACCACGUGACCUGUGUUUACAUCCUUCUCAGCUGUUCUUCCACUUCGGCACGGGAAGGAACAGUUGCGCAUUUACUCGCACCAGCCAGCGCAGAGAGCUUUACGCGACUCCCUCGCCGUCAUCCGCUCUGCUGAACCUGCCCGUCAACGUCCACCUCGCCGGCAGUUCGUCCGCGGGUGCCCCCGCGGCUGAGAGAGGAGCGACCCGAUCCGGCACGGCACGGCGCGGCGCGUUUCCUGGAUGCCUGGAAAUGGCCGUGAUCUGAACUGACCUCAGAAGAGACAUAGCUGCAGGAUCCUUCAGGCCAGGUGCUUCUCUCCAUGCCACUCUGAGACGAUAUCAGUCACCCAGAGUGAGAGUUCUGCCCUUGUGUUUCCCUUUUCUUUCUGCUAUGGGGGGAGCCGUGAGCGCUGGGGAGGACAAUGACGACCUGAUUGAUAAUCUGAAGGAAGCCCAGUAUAUUCGGACAGACAAAGUGGAACAGGCCUUUCGAGCCAUAGACCGAGGGGACUACUACCUGGAUGACUACCGGGACAAUGCCUACAAAGACUUAGCAUGGAAACACGGGAACAUACACCUGUCUGCUCCAUGUAUAUAUUCAGAGGUGAUGGAGGCCCUCAAACUGCAGCCAGGACUGUCAUUCCUCAAUCUAGGCAGUGGAACUGGCUACCUGAGCACGAUGGUUGGACUCAUCAUAGGGCCGUUUGGCGUGAAUCAUGGAGUUGAGCUCCACAAGGAUGUGGUUGAAUAUGCUAGAGAGAAGCUGGAUGAUUUUAUAAAGAACAGUAACAGCUUUGAUAAGUUUGAGAUCUGUGAACCCGUCUUCGUGGUGGGGAAUUGCCUUGAAAUCUCAACGGACAGCCACCAAUACGACCGCAUUUAUUGCGGCGCAGGAGUGCAGAAGGAUCACGAAAAUUACAUGAAAGUGCUGCUCAAAAUUGGAGGCAUUCUCGUGAUGCCUAUAGAGGACCAGCUGACCCAGAUAACCAGAACUGGCCAGUGCUCAUGGGAGAGUAAGAACAUCUUGGCGGUGUCCUUUGCCCCCUUGGUCCAGCAGAGCAGAGCUGAUGGAGAGAAGCCUGAUGCUGUCCAACUGCCCCCUGUGACUGUCAGGAGCCUUCAGGAUUUGUCUCGGAUCUACAUACGCCGCACCCUCAGAGAACUGUCUGCCGAGGAGAGUCCAGACAAGGGGCUCAAAGUUCCUCAGAAGCGCAAACGCAGGCGCUGCCGACGGCGGCGCAUCAACACCUAUGUUUUUGUUGGCAACCAGCUGAUACCCCAAACUGUGGAGAGCGAGGAAGAGGAACAGACUGAGGAAGAGCACAAGGAGGUGGAGGAGGAGGAGGAGAGAGACAUUGGCGACAUCGAAAUCCUGAAGCAAGUCAACGUGUUGAGAGACCAAAUAAUGGCUUUGCCUCUGCCUGAGUCACUCAAGGCAUAUUUGCUGUACUACAGAGAGAAGUGACUGAUUCGCUCGGUGUCCAUUGUUAACGGAUGCAGCGCCUGCUGAGAAUGCUUUUCCUUGCCCUUUUUGAGUACAAAUGUAGCAUUAUUUCCAUUUAAUCUUGAUGGCCGAGCCGUUAACGGAGAGAGAUUAAAUAGAUAAUACUGGAUAAUAAUGUUAUGAUUGUCGUGACAACAUUUCUUUGUCAGUUUAUUUUGUUCUGGAUUUGUAUAUCAAAAAUCUAUGUUAAAAAAAAAAUCUACAUAAUGGAAAUUAUUUCAGAAACCAGUUUUGUGAUUCAGACUUUAUCACAAUGACUGAUAUCUCUGCAAAAUGACGUUGCAGAUUAAAAUUGUAUAAACAGCAAAACCUUGCUACAUUUGUUAAGAAUGUGUUCAUGAGGAAGUUGAGACUUGUACAGCACCUUUUUCUAGAAGCUUUAACCUUACAGCAUCUGGUAGUUUACCGAUGCUUGAUGGAGCGGAGGACACCGAAAUGCAAGUAGAGCCACAUCAUUAUAGCUGACGACUCAAACGAAGACAUUUUUCAUAAUCAUGAACGAGGCUGCCCUGUGGUUUUUCUCCUCAGUGCUCUUCUUCUUAAGCUGUUCCUUUCCUUUCCCGUCUACGAGAGAGUGGGGAGAGGCAAGAUUAGCAUAUAAUUUCAUUUGUGGGGCAUCUUUAAGUGCAACUGAAAUACUUCCGCGAGGUGAUUAUAUCCUCGUGUGUGUUAUCUCGCUCUGCUCUUCAGUAACCGGCUUUAGGAUUUAUACGAGCAGUCAUUUUUUAAUUUGGUUAACAAUUUUCCGGGCCCAGAAUGCCUUUUACCAAUCAGAAAUAGCCCAUUCCACUUCCGUUUUUUCUUUGUUAUGCUGACCCACAUUAUAAAGAUUUUAAUAUCAGAGGCUCGAGGAAUGACAGAGCUGAUUAAUCAGGAUAUUUAAUGGCGAGCCACAUUUUCUCACCCCGCUUUUUGUUUUGAGGUGACUUGGGAGUUGUUUCGGGUGGGGAAUCGAAAUUCAGAUGAAGUCAGUAAUCACCUUUCUUUUUUUUUGUUUAAAGGUUAUUUUUUGGCAUUUUUGCAUUUAUUUGAUAGGGGACAGUGAAGUGGUAGACAUGAAACAAGGGGAGAGACAGAUGGGUACGACAUGCAACAAAGGUCACUGGCUGGGUAGAAGCAGGGAUGUUGUGGCUUUGCAGCAUGCGCCACAACUGUUCGGCUGCCGGGGGGCGCCCCGCUUUUUUGUUUUUGAGGUGACUUUUGAGGUGCUUCAGGCGGGGAAUUGAAAUUCGGAUGAAGCCAGUAAUCAUUCUGCCUUCAUGAACAUAGCGCCCCGGUUAUGCUGACUUUAGCCUACGUCCUGUUAUUGAUCAUCAGAAGUGAUGCCCAGGUGAUCAGGAGCUAAAAUGUAGUUAUUUGUUUUAUUGUUUUAAAGAACUUUGAUAAAACGGGAAAAAAAUCCAAAAUUUAUUUUUAUUUUUAUUCAAAACAAUGCAAAAUCAGAAUCAAUGAGAAUUUUGAAGCCUUUUUGUAGUCUGGGCUGUAGAAGUGUCCAACAAAGCACCUUAAUUCUACAGUCCUCAGUUUGGAUGAUAGGUGCCAUCUUUUUUUGGCUUACUUUAUAUUGUGGAAUGGGUAUGUGACGAUGUUAAGUCCUGUGUAUAUUUUAAAGUACAAUCCGCUUGCAGGACUUUUCCUGAUAGUGAUGGCUUUCAAGUGCCAACGUACCCAUCACGUGAGGAUCCCUGUGAGUUUUGUGUCAUGGCACUGUAAACUUGCCCGGCUGAUGGUAUGUUUCUGCAUUCCGCAUUUGCAAAAGAAUAGUGCAUCAUUGAUAGAUGUCACGUUUGUGUUCAUGCUUUACCAAAAGGUCACAGACGGGAAUUUUUCCUCAUCUUACUUUGAAUGCAUAAUUUAGUAGUCAGAGGUUAAGUUGAAUGUUGUUGAAAUUCUAUUCGAUAUAAAAUGGUUUAAAUGUAUGAUUAUUAAGCAGUUAUGCAUUGAACAUGAUUUGCAUUUGGUUUGUUGUAGCGCCCUCUUGCUGAACUGUAUUUUUGACAUUAGGAAGCCUGUUUGUAGGUCUAAUUCUUCACUGCUGUCUGUUGAAUAGAUAUAUUAGUAGUGCUCUCAGUUUUCAUUUUGCGCUGGUGUAACGUAAGUUAUGUUUUGAUUUAAGAUGGGGAUGAUUAUAUGGGUUGCUUAGUGUGUAUGUGUGUACGGAGAGGUAACAUAUAUUUUCUUGCAAAGUUUUUACACUCAGUGGAAAAUUUUUCAACCAAGCAAUACAGUAAUUUCUCCACAUACAAUUACAGUAUUCAAUGGAAAAAAAAUGAUCAAUCACAAGCAAAAAAAACAACAAAAAAACAAAACAAAAAAAAAACUUCAAAUCAGUCAGUUUUUUAAGUAUUGUCGCAAAUUAAAGAGUACAGCAGGUACUUAAAACAGGGGACAUAGGUCGCACCUUGAGCCAAAGUUAAAGAAACGACUAUGAUUAUAGUAAUGCAGAAGGAACUGACUGACGACAACAUGGCACCCGGCACAGACCAAUUCAUUACCAAUUUUAUGGUCUUGUAUUGAAUUAAUUGAGCCAAAAGCUAUUCUGUUAUUUAUCAGGCAUAUAUUGAUUCCUCAUAGAGUGUGAAGUUCAUUUUGAAAAUGUGUUGUUCCUCCAUUACUGUUUUGACACAAAAAUAAAGGUCACAAUCGUA